GGCGCUGCAGCGGAGACUGAGAGCGGACGGCGGAACAAAAUUCGUUUCUUCACGUCGCCGCCUCAUCCAAUCCAACAGCUAGCUUUAUUCCUGCGCAACCAUCAUAUGCAUGCCUGCCUGUGUGCCCGCUGUGCCAGCCAAACACCCUUCGUGCUCGUGCAUACGCAUCCCAUCCAUGAUCCAACCUCCGAUCUGUCUGUCCCCAUUAUUUUUCUCCCCGCCGAUCCUCUCCUUCCUCCCGACGGGCCCCUGGAUUCCCUCCUCGGCCGGUCGUCUGCAACCGCGCGCAUGACAUGAGAUGAGAGAAUGACACCUGCCAUGCCGCCGCCGCCGUGCGCCGACGACAGAGCUACUACAGCCAGCAGUAGACAUCGCGAGUCGUCGAGCGGCGGUCCGGCUCUUCCUGUGGCCACGACGACGACGAUGAGGGUCAUGGUGCGGACGCUCCGCGGGGACCGGGUCGCGCUGGACGUCGACGGCGGCGCCACCACGGUGGCGCAGCUCAAGGCCAUGGUCAUGGCCCGCGAGGGCGUCGCCGUCGGCGCCCAGCGGCUCUUCUUCGCCGGCCGACACCUCGACGACGACGGCCUCCCCGUCGCGCACUACGGCGUGGGCCACGGCUCCGUCGUCUUCCUCAGCCUCCGCCUCCGUGCCGACGACGACGCCUCGCACCAGGAGAUGCGUAACGUGCAAACGCAACCAGAGCAGCCAGUCACGACCGUGAGCCAACUACUGAUGAUUGACCAGCAGCUGACGAUGCGCUUCGAAGACGGGGACGACCACGGCGGCGGCGGCGGCGGUGGGGAGGAAGAGGCCGUCGUCAAGACCACGAGGCCACCGGUGUCGCGGCGGUCGCUGCGCAAGAUCCUGUCGCGGCUGCACGUGGACGUGUGGACGGCCCAGCACGACGCCAAGCUCCUGGACCUGCUGCUGCUACGACAGCGCACGCGCGGCGGCGGCGGCGGCGUGAGCGACCUUACCGCGGACGACUGGUCGGCCAUCCGCGCCGAGCUCAACGCGGCCACGGGGUCCGCGUUCCCCGUCGAGGAGCUGCAGCGGCGGGUGGCCGAGCUCCGGCGCGAGUUCGACGCCGUCAGCCGGAUCAAGGACCACCCCCGGUUCACCUACGACGCGCGCCGCCGGGUCGUCGUCGCCAAGGAGGCCGAGUGGAAACGCUACGUGCUGGAGAAUCCGGACGCGGUGGCGUACGAGGGGAGAAGCACGCACUUCGGUCGCCUCCGGGCGAUCUUCUCCGGCGGCGGCGGCGGCGUGGCAGAGACACGCGGGAACGGCGGGCCCAUGCGCCGCGAGUCGCGGGCCAAGAGAUGCCUGAGCAAGCUGCUGCGCAGCUUUGGGCUCCGGUGCAAGCUGUGACAAUGACAGCGGGUGAGGUUUUCUAUAAUUACCAGGAACUCCACGAGUCUGAAGCCAACAGGAACUCCAAGAGGUCUCCAAAUGUGCCCAUGAUUUUGGAGGUGCACGGCUGUGGAACAACCUUUCCGUAUUUUCUCCAUUUUGCAUUCUGGCAUGUACUUUCUGUGUUUCCCUUGCCACCCUGCAUUUUCAGGUCAAUGUUCUGCAGUGUAAUGCCUUGGCAUGGAACAUUCUUGCUGCAGUGCAUCUUGAU